ACGGCAGACGUCAAGCCUACACUUCAUCUUAGCAGCAUGGAACAUAUAAUUGAGUAUUUUAAUUGUGGUUUUACGACCAAAGAAAUUUUAUCGUUGUUACAUCAUGUCCACUGCUUCCAAAUCAGCAAAAGAACUCUCGAAAGGUUUUUAAAAAACAAACACCUGUGGAGGCGAAAAAACCUUACAAAUGAAACAGAAGUUGCACGCUUUAUACAACAGCAGCUGUCAACAUCUGGGCAGCUACACGGAUACAGAUGGAUGCACCAAAAAUGCUUGCUUCAUGGAAUAAAAACAAGCAGGGAGACGGUGAGGCAAAUUUUGCGUCUAAUUGAUGGAGACGGAGUUGAAUUACGAGCGCGAAACAGGCUUCGCAGACGAGUCUAUCACUCUCGUGGACCAAAUUUUGUCUGGCAUAUAGACGGAUAUGACAAAUUAAAGCCUUAUGGGAUAGCAAUUAGUGGGUGCAUCGACGGCUACUCUCGCAAAAUGAUAUGGCUGGAAGCAUUCAGAACAAACAAUGACCCUAAGGUAAUCGCUGGCUACUAUAUGGAUGCUGUUAUUCAGUCAGGCGGGUGCCCAGAACGAGUUCGUUUAGACCGCGGUACUGAAAAUGUCUGUGUUGGCGACCUCCAGAAAUUCCUGCGAUUGCCCGAUGGUGAGAGAGCAGCACAAGACAGUGCAAUUUUUGGUCCGAGUACAGGAAACCAGCGAAUCGAGCAGUGGUGGCUUACGCUAAGAAAACAAUGUGUUCAAUUUUGGCUUGACCUGUUUGAGAAACUGAAAGAAGACGGACACUUCACUGGCACCUUUCUGGAUAAAUCACUGGCUCAGUUCUGCUUCAUGAACACGAUCCAGGAGGAGCUUGACGAGAUUUGUUGGACUUGGAAUAAUCACCGGAUACGGCCAUCACACAACAGUCGCGCUCCAAACGGCAGGCCGUCACUCAUGUACGCUCUACCAAAUUUGUACGGGACCACAAGUUAUCUUCACGCAGUAAAUGAAGACUCAAUUCAGACCUGCCUGGAAGAGUGUGCCUUCAAAGACUUUCCAUGUGACAAGGACAUUUACUAUUUAUGCGCAGACAUUAUAUCAGAAAAUAAUCUUGAGGUUGUAGAUGAGGUGUAUGCCAACGUAGAUUUAUACCUCAAACUUCGUGAAAUUGUUUUGGACAUGCUGGGUUAAUGCACUCUAUUAGCUUUACUAAACUGGCCUCAUUCCUUCGUUAACACUGAAUGUCAUUUAAACAAGGUUGUGCGCAGUUGUAUAUUGAUUAUUUUUGUUUUGCAGUUGUUGAGAUGUAAAGUAAUGCAGCACAUAAUGACGUAGACAUGUUCCUGAUUGUUCGAUCUGAGAGAAUUCAAGCUUACCAAUACUGAAGUAUGGGAUCCUAAAGAUAACAAGGACCUGUAAUUGUAUUGUGAAUGUAUUAAAAUUGAUUUAUUUGAUUUUCCGUGGUAUUUAAAGUGAAACGAUGAAAUACACAAAUAUACAUGAUAAU